AUGGAAGCUACUGCAUCAACAAGCUGUCAAACUUCGGAAACUGCGUUAACACCUAGUAUGUAUGCAAUAAUUAAAAUUGUACCUCAUACAGAGGAAAAGCUCUAUCUUGCUCAAUUAAAGAUUAGUUAUAAUUUUAUUAAUAAAAAAAUAAAAAUAACAGAUACCACCAUUCAAAUUAUCGAUGCUAAUGAACUUGCAAAUGACAAUGAAAUACUGCUUGAUGGACUGUUUGACAAAUUCGAUCAAUUUAUAACUAAAUUACGUGAAGAUCUAGAUACAAAUUCAUCAAUCCCCAAAGAACUUUUACCAUCAGAGGCUAUACAAUUG